AUGGAUGCUAGUGUGUUGAGGGUUGUGGUUUUGAUGGGCAUGCUUGUGCUUUCAAUAGCUCAAGCUGAUAUUAAUCCUUCCUAUACCAAUGCGGUUCCAAAUGACCAUCCUCUCGAUCAAGUUGAUGAUGUCUAUCCUCGCUCUAAUACAAAUCAAGUGGUUCCAAAUGGCCAUAUUAUCUCUUGUGGUUUAAAAUGUGCGACAAAGUGCCUAAUGAACCCAAUAUGCCUUGGCAUGUGCAUGAUCAGAUGCAAACAUAGGCCUUCGAAUGUUGUGUAUGGUUGUACACAUAAUUGUGCCAACUCCAUUUCCACCACAAGCACUUCCAAUUCUGGAGGACUAAAACCUUGUGGUGAGAAGCAAUCAGGUUCUUUUGGACCUGCAGAUGCCACAGUACUCACAAUAAUAUCGCAGCGAAUAAAGACUUUAAAACUCAACCCGCCUAGGCCGAUUUUUCGAUUUUUUUUUGGGAACCCGCUCUCAUGGGCUGCAGCAGCGGCAUUCCUCAGCUCUCACAGACUCAUAGACUCUCUGGCCUUCCGUUUUACGGCCAAAGCUUUUUGCGCUUUCCCCAAGGCACUUCCGACGUCGUUCCCAGUUCGUUCCAACCAGCAGGCUUUUCACAAAGUUGUCACUUGUCGUACUGCAUCAAUCUCACCCUCCGAUGAUGUCUUCACUUGGGACGACGUCGUUACAAUAUCCAAACCGGUUCAGAUCUCAGGGGCUACUCGGAAAAGAUCAAAAUCUGCAAUCGCGCUUUCCUUGGAAUCGCACUCUGAGUUCCCUCCCUUUGUAAUUGAAGACCAUUCACAAAGGUGCCUCGACAUGGAGGUUCUGUGA